CUGAGAGAGAGAGGAAGAGAGAUUCCCAUUGUGAGAGAUGGAACCCGCAAGAAUGAAGGAGAUCUACAGAGAGUGUAUGAGGAACCAUGCCGCCCGGCUGGGGACGUACGCCUGCGACGGGUGCUGCGAGUACAGCUCGGACACCCUGCGUCCUAACGUGUUGUUCUGCACCGCCUGCGGGUGUCACCGGAACUUUCACCGCAAGGUGGCGCCGAACAGCGCGUCCGCCGCCAUCAACGUCCGGGUGGGAACAACUGUGGAUAUCGUCCGGGCAAGGCGACGUAAGAGGAGCAAGUUUACCGCGGAGCAAAAGGCUCAGAUGCGGGCCUUCGCAGCCCGGCUCGGCUGGAAGGUCCGGAAGCAGGAGGAGGCGGGCGGUGAAGACGAGGUGUCGAGUUUCUGCAAGGACAUUGGGAUCACCCGCCAGGUGUUUAAGAUCUGGAUUCACAAUCACAAGGGCACUGCCGCUGCGGCCACCUCCACGACCAAUACCAAUGCUGCACCGGGUGAUGCCGAGGGAGAGGGAGAUGGAGGCUGCGAGGGGGCAGAAGGGGAGGAGGAGGUCAAGGGGAGUGCCUCCAUGGAGGAGGAAAAGUAG